GGCUCCAAUGACCAUCUCUUUACUCUGAUUUUGACUUCUCUUUCAGAUUCUAGAGAGAGAGAGAAGGAAAAAUCCCAACUUUCUACAAAGAAGCGGAAGCUAGUUUCUUCAACGACGCGGCUAAGACGGAGAAGGAGGAGGUCGUAUGGUUUUCGCCGGAGUUUUGGAUCAAAUCUGUUACCGAUUUGUACGGACAUUUUCAGAUUUUUUGAGGUUUCACAAGUCUGGACCUUUAAAUUGUGGAAGAGGAAGAUAGAGAGAGAAAGGAGUCUGGGUUUCGAUGAAAGCUCUACGACGAAUUCAAACGAAGUCUUCGUUUCCUAAUCCUGCUUCUCCGUCAUCUCCGUGGACUCAUUUGCGUUCUGCUUUCGUCAUUGUUACUUCUUCUUCUCCUGCUUCUUGUUCUUCUUCUGAUCCGCAUCGGCUAAAAUCGCCCUGGUCCCGAAGAAAACGAAAGAAACCCCUCACACUUCGCCGGUGGAGAAGGUAUUUCACUCCCGAGGGUAGACUUCGGAAUGGAGGAGUAGAUUUAUUGAAGAAAGUCCGGAGUAGAGGCAUUGAUCCUAGCAUUCGGUCGGAGGUUUGGCCAUUUCUUCUUGGAGUGUGCGAUUUGAAUAGUUCUGAAGAAGAGAGAGGUGCUACAAGAACGUGGAGAAGAAAAGUGUAUGAGAGACUACGCCGGCAGUGCAAAAGGCUACAAAGACAAGACAGUGGGACUUUUAAGUUAAACAAGAUCAAUAAAACUACUCAAGAUGAGCAUGAUAGUUGGUCUCUUGCGCAAGACUCUGACAGUUCAUGUUCUGAUGAUGCUUGCAGCGCCCACAAGUCUCUUACUAGCCUCAAAGACAACACGGAAGAUAUUGGCUACAUGAGUGAUGUCUCAUGUACGCUUGACAGAGACUACACUGGUUCAAGACACCUGAAUUCUGAGUCCUCAGACUCAGAUUCAUCUGAUGAGAAUGAUUCUGUUCAGGUCGCUCCUUCUGAUGAAGGGAGGGAUGAACAUAGUACUUCUCCAUCCAGCAUAUAUAUUUCUCGUACCAAAGAGGAUUUUGUGACCUGGCAGCGUAUUAUCCGUCUUGACGCUCUUCGUGCGGAUACAGAGUGGACUCCAUAUUCCUCAUCCCAAGCUAUGGUAUCCGAGAAUAGGGCACGCCGUGCUGCUGACGCGGUUGUUUUAAAGGAUUACAGUCAUUUGGAACCUUCGAAAAUCUUUCACGCUGCACGGCUUGUUUCUGUUCUUGAAGCCUAUGCCUUAUAUGAUCCUGAAAUUGGCUAUUGCCAAGGAAUGAGUGAUCUUCUCUCCCCUAUACUCUCUGUCAUACCUGAUGACUACGAGGCAUUUUGGUGUUUCGUUGGGUUCAUGAAGAAAGCUCGUCAGAAUUUCAGACUCGACGAGGUUGGGAUCACUAGACAACUGAACAUAGUAUCAAAGAUUAUUAAAUCCAAAGACUCACAGCUCUACAAGCAUCUAGAGAAAGUGAAGGCAGAAGACUGUUUCUUUGUUUACAGAAUGGUGCUUGUGAUGUUUAGAAGAGAGCUGACUCUGGAACAAACACUGUAUCUCUGGGAAGUGAUUUGGGCAGACCAAGCUGCAAUAAGAGCUGGAAUGGGGAAAUCUUCCUGGAGCCGUCGAAUAAAGCAGCGGGCUCCUCCCACAGAGGAUUUGUUGCUGUACGCAGUAGCUGCCUCCGUGUUGCAAAGGAGGAAAGUCAUAAUAGAGAAGUACUAUAGCAUGGAGGAGAUUCUCCGGGAGUGCCACAAUAUGGUAGGGAAACUAGACGUGUGGAAGCUCUUAGACGAUGCACACGACCUUAUUGUCACUCUCCAUGCCAAGAUCGAACAUUCGAAUCCCAAAAUCGUUUAAUGUGUUAUGGUUAUUUAUAAGAACUGCUGGUGCUUGUGUUUGAACAACUAUGAAAUGUGGCUUCCUGGCAAGCUAUCAGGGGAUAGUAGCUGGUGUUGGAACAGAAUCGAACCGAUGAUUUGAUUUACCACUAUCUAAAUCCCGGUUUAACAUAUCUCAAGGCCAGAAUCAAGAUAGGCAUGAUUU